AGGAUAUCGAUCUCAGAACAUGACUGCCCAAGGAGAAGGCGGCGGCGGUCCGCCAGCUUGUGCGGCCUGCAAACACCAAAGGAAAAGAUGUUCGCCGGAUUGUGCCUUGGCACCUUAUUUCCCGGCCAGUCAGCCCAAGACAUUCUUGAACGUGCACCGCCUCUUCGGCAUCAGAAACGUCAUGAAAACCCUGAAACAGAUAGACGAGGACGAUGACAGGAAGAGCGACACAAUGAAAUCCAUCAUCUUCGAGGCCGAUAUGCGCGACCGGUUCCCAGUUCUUGGAUGUGUGGAAUACAUUCAGUAUCUGAAUCAGUGUGUCAAAGAAGCGGAAGAUGAACUGGUACAAGUGCUGGCACAGCUCACAUACUACCAGAAUGUAUUGAUAAUGUCAGGUAAUGAUCAUACUGCUGGACCAGUGUUUGGUUCUGAUGAAGAGGAGGAGGAGGAUCAUGAAUCUCCUCCAUAUUCUUCAUUGUAUGUCGAUAACCAUAAUGCUAUGUUAGACUACUCAAGUGUACUUUCAAAUCCCACCAUAGAAACAUACUCGUCGUAUGAUGAUGACUAAAACUCAUACGACGUGGGAGUUAAUAUAUGUCUAAUUACGAGUUGUAGGUUAUUAGUAAAGUACUUAUCAAAGUAGUUCUUAUGUUAUCUCCUAAUGUUCUAUUUAGUGACCAUUUUUAUCUUGUGGUAGUUCUUAUGUUAUCAAAGUAGUUCUUAUUUUGAAUGUUGUAGGAAUGUGUAUUUUAACUUUUGGUUAGUGAAUAUUUUUAUCUUGUGAUGAUAAAUUC